AGGCCAGUCUGCGAAGCUCGGUAGUCGGUGAUGGUCAAGCUGUAGCUCAGAGUACAGGCGGAUCAAGACUCUCGUUCCCCGUGCUCAAAGUCUGACGUGACACGGCCGAAAGUUCGGUAAAAAAAGUACGAACACAUCCCACACUUGGCACAGAUAUCGGACCAUCAUGGACCCCUGGACGAUACUCUCAACGAUAUUAGUCGGAGCAGUGGUCCUAUACUUGUUCUACGUCAGGAACUAUUCCUAUUUCAAGAGGCAUGGUAUCCCUUACGUUACGCCGUUGCCGAUAUUCGGAAACAUGGCGAAAGUGGUUUUCAAGAAGGAAUCGAUGAUGCACGCGAUACAAAGGACCUACAAACUCAACCCUGACGCGAAGUACGUCGGUUUCUACUACUUCGGAACUCCGGUUAUUUUGCUGAGGGAUCCCGAACUGCUGAAACUCAUCGCCAUCAAGCACUUCGACGUUUUUCCAAACCGAAAAAUGUUCGCCGAUUUUCCGGCGGAACCCUUGUUACGAAGAACUCUGUUCACGCUGCAUAAUGACGAGUGGAGGACCAUGCGAUCGCUUUUGAGCCCGGCGUUCAGCGCCGGUAAGAUGAAAAUGAUGUUCGAGAUAGUGAGAGAGUGUGGAACCAAUUUCGGCGAGUACAUGGCGAAUCGGCGAGUGCAACCUGAAGGUUUCGACAUGAAAGACGUUCUCAAAAGAUACACCCUCGAUGUGAUCGCGUCUACGGCGUUCGGACUAUCCACAAAUUCCUUGGAGGAGCCUGAUAACAAGUUCUACGAGGUGGGGGUCAAAGUCACUGAUUUUUUCAGUUACCUCCAGAUCAUCAGGGUUUUCAUAUUAAGGAGCUUUCCCAGCGUAGCUCGGUUAUUUAACAUUAAAUUUGUCGACGGUGAAUCGGCGAAUUUCUUCAAAAAUGUCAUAAAGAACACCAUAGAAACACGCGACAGAGAAGGAAUCGUCAGACCAGAUAUGAUUCACUUAUUGAUGCAGGCGAGAGACAAGCAGGACAAAUUGACCCCGACUUUAGACGAUAUGACCGCCCAAGGACUGAUGUUCCUCAUGGCCGGACUGGAAGGUUCGACGGUGGCGAUGUGCUUCGUCGCCCAGAUCCUUGCACUAGAACCCGAAGUUCAGAAGAAACUGCACGCUGAAAUCGAUGAGGUUCUGAAAGAGAAUCCUGAAAGAGUGUCAUACGAACAAAUAAACGCGAUGAAGUACCUGGAAGCUGUGAUCAGCGAGAGCCUGAGGGUGUUUACAACUAAUUUCCUAGUGGAUCGAGUUUGCACCGAAGAGUUCACUCUACCCCCCGCGUUACCCGGGCUCGAACCACUGCGAAUCCAACCCUCGCAAAACCUUUGGAUUCCGAUAUAUUCCAUACAUCGUGACGAAAAGAAUUUUCCAAACCCGGAUAAAUUCGACCCGGAACGGUUCAGCGACGAAAACAAAAGUAACUUCAACUCCUCGGCCUACAUUCCCUUCGGAUUGGGCCCUAGAAUUUGUGUUGCGAGUCGUUAUGCUCUGAUGCUGGUUAAACUCGCCAUUUUCAACUUGCUCGCCAAGUGCGAUUUGCUACCAGGCACCAAGACCCAUCCGAGAAUCGAGUACAAAACCGACGCUUUCGCCCUAGAGCCCCAAGGUGGCUUCUGGUUGAAAGUUCAACCAAGAAAAUGAUGUGCUACUGCGGUAACAGAACUAGACUGCCAAAUACAAAUUUUCAUAUUCGUUCAUAGAUAUUCCAUUCCCACCUGUUAGGGUAGGUCAAUGAAUUUUGAUCGUUUAUUCCAAUGGAGAUCUUUGGUGUCGCAUGAAGAAAGAACGAAGAAGAAACGAUUCGAGGCUGUACAAGUUUUGGAUGAGGAUUUUCCCAAAUUUGAUAAAAAAUAAAAUGAAAUAUCACGAUAUAUGCGAUUCCUGUGGCGCGAGGAACCCUUUUUAUUAGUUAAUUUGAGGAAAUAAAGUUCCAGAAUUUCCUCAG